GUGACCUCUGUGUUCAGAUCGUCUGUCUUCCUCAGGCAGCAGCAACGCCAUGGACGCUUCGGCUGCCGUCCAACCGCAACCGAAGAAGAAAAAGGAUGCGGUUAGCAGGCGAAAGCGCCUGCUUGGCGGCGUUUAAUCGAGCAAAAAAACAUUCGAAAUGUCGAAAGAGUUUAUUAGACAGCGACUGGCGGAUGAAAUACUCGGGACGUUUGAAAGAUCGAUGGCGUCGUACGAGGAGGAACUUUCUCGAACGAGAGAGGAGCUGGAGCGACAACAACCGCAAGCUGUUUGCCAGGCUCAAGUUGUGCUCCACAUUGACGACGUCCAACAGCUGGUUAAUCAUCAAGAAGAACUUCCCCAUCAGGGGUGGCGCCACACCUUUAAGCAGGAGGAUCCACAGUCCCCCCACGUAAAGGUGGAAGAGGAGGAACUGUGGACCACUCAAGAGGGAGAGAGUCUUCUAGGGCUGGACGAGGCUCAUCUCACCAAGUUGCCACUGACGGCUGUCUCUGUGAAGACUGAAGACCAUGAAGACAAACCACCUGAAUGCUCACAGUUUCAUCACAGUCCAAGUGAGGGGAACAGAGGGGCGCAGCCUGCAAGCAGUGGCUCACCACAACACAUGACAACAGAAGCUGAUGGAGACCACUGUGGAGGAUCACAAGCAGACAGCCUCUCAUCUCCAUCAGAUUUGGACGACACAACAUCACACUCUCCUGAGGAUGAAGACGGGGACGACACCCAAGAACCUUUGAGCAGCGAUACCGACGACGAAGGUGAUAUGAGGACUCAUACUGACAGCAAACACUCUGAAUGCUGUGCAAAGAAUACCGGUAAAACACGUUACACCUGCUCAAUUUGUGCCAAAAGCUUUACUUUCAAUCGGUAUUUGACUAAACACAUGUGGACGCACAAAGGAGAAAAACCUUUUAGUUGCUCAGUUUGUGGUGAUACAUUUGCUUGGAAGUUCAUUUUGACAAGGCACAUGAGAAUGCACACUGAAGACAAAUCUUUUAGUUGUUCAGAUUGCGGUGCCGGCUUCACUGAAAAGGGAAGCCUGGCAUCACACAUGAGAACGCACAUGCGAGAAAAACCUUUCACUUGCUCAGUUUGUGGCAAAGGAUUCGGUCACAAGGGGAAAAUGACAUCACACAAGAGAACACACACAGGGGAAAAACGUUUUACUUGCUCAGUUUGUGGCAAAAGAUUCACUGAAAAGGACAACAUGGCGUCACACUUGAGAACACACACAGGAGAAAAACCUUUUAGUUGUUCAGUUUGUGGCAAAAGGUUCUCUCAAAAGGCACACGCAGACUCACACAUGAGGACACACACAGGGGAAAAACCUUUUAGUUGUUCAGUUUGUGGCAAAAGAUUCUCCCAAAAGGCACACGCAGACUCACAUAUGAGAACACACACAGGAGAAAAACCUUUUAUUUGCUCAGUUUGUGGCAAGACAUUCACUGGAAAGGGGACCAUGAGAACACACAUGAGAACACACACGGGAGAAAAGCCUUAUAGUUGUUCAGUGUGUGGUAAAAAAUGUUCUCACAAGAAGACAAUAGUGUCACACAUGAGAACACACACAGGAGACAGGCCGUAUUCCUGUUCACUUUGUUCUGAAUCAUUCACUCGGCGCGACUCGAUGACAAGACACAUGUUAACACACAAGGGAGAAUAAAGUUGUUGUCCAGUUUGUGCUAAAAGGUUGUCAUACUGAGUUGUUUGUUGCACGCAUUCUUUGCAAUAAAUGCAAUAAAGACGGUUUGA